AUGGACACUGACGAUGGCGAAUCGUCCAGCAGUGGGCCUAUGUCCAGCUUGAACAGCUUGUUCUCGUUUACGAGUCCUGCUGUCAAGAAACUUUUAGGCUGGAAACAGGGUGAUGAAGAAGAAAAAUGGGCAGAAAAGGCAGUGGACAGUUUAGUGAAGAAGCUAAAGAAGCGGAAAGGCGCUAUCGAAGAAUUAGAGAGGGCGUUGUCGUGUCCUGGCACACCGUCCAAAUGUGUUACUAUACCCAGGUCACUUGAUGGAAGAUUACAGGUGUCUCAUCGCAAAGGCCUACCUCACGUCAUUUACUGUCGAGUAUGGCGUUGGCCCGACCUUCAAAGUCACCACGAGCUGAAACCCUUGGAGAUCUGCCAGUAUCCCUUCAGCGCAAAGCAGAAGGAAGUGUGUAUCAAUCCUUACCAUUACAAACGUGUUGAGAGCCCCGUUUUACCACCAGUGCUAGUGCCUAGACAUUCGGAAUUUGCUCCAGGACAUUCUCUGCUACCAUUCCAAAGGACUGCAGAACCUUCCAUGCCCCAUAAUGUGUCCUAUUCUGGAUCAGGGUUCCCACCUUCGGCUAGCUCAGAGUUGCCCGAUACGCCACCACCAGCUUAUUCCCCACCCUCAGAUGAUACAGAACCUCCGGGAGAAGUAGCUCCUGUCUCAUAUCAGGAACCCCUAUAUUGGGCUUCUGUGGCUUAUUAUGAGUUGAACUGCCGUGUAGGGGAGGUAUUCCACUGCAAUUCUCAUUCUGUAGUGGUGGAUGGCUUUACAGACCCAUCUAAUAACAGCGACAGGUUCUGCUUGGGACAGCUCAGUAACGUGAACAGAAAUUCCACUAUUGAGAACACCAGGCGUCAUAUAGGAAAAGGUGUACAUUUGUACUAUGUUGGAGGGGAGGUGUACGCUGAAUGCUUGUCAGAUGCUGCGAUAUUUGUGCAGAGUCGCAACUGCAACCAUCACCAUGGAUUCCAUCCCUCAACCGUGUGUAAGAUUCCACCUGGUUGCUCUUUAAAGAUCUUUAACAAUCGGGAGUUUGCACAGCUGCUGUCACAGAGCGUGAACCAUGGCUUUGAAGCAGUUUAUGAGCUGACGAAGAUGUGUACGAUUCGUAUGUCGUUUGUAAAGGGUUGGGGCGCAGAGUACCAUCGACAGGAUGUGACGUCGACGCCGUGCUGGAUCGAAAUCCACCUUCAUGGUCCACUCCAGUGGCUUGAUAAAGUCCUCACACAGAUGGGGUCCCCUCACAAUGCUAUUUCAUCCGUGUCUUAG